UCAAUCCACCGCUCAAUCCCUAAGACCCGCUCGCCGAUGGCGCUGGCGAUCGCCGGCGGCCACUUCGCCGCCCCUCCGACCUUGAAAACCCUAGCUUUUUCUAAGAAUCAUGCUACUACCUCCGCCUCCAUUGCCCCUUCCCAACCUUCUACUUGGUCCUUGGAUAGUUGGAAGUUGAAGCGAGCCCUCCAAAUUCCGAAGUAUCCCAAUGGGGAGGAGCUGGAAUCGGUGCUCCGGACCUUAUCUUCCUUCCCGCCGCUGGUGUUCGCUGGUGAGGCGAGGCGGUUGGAGGAGCGGCUCGCCGAGGCUGCUGUCGGGCGUGCGUUCGUGCUCCAAGGUGGAGAUUGCGCCGAGAGUUUCAGGGAUUUCACUGCUAAUAACAUCAGGGAUACGCUCAGGGUUUUUCUUCAGAUGGGGGUUGUUCUCGCCUUUGGCGGCCAGAUGCCCAUCGUUAAGGUUGGUAGGAUGGCUGGCCAAUUUGCAAAACCCAGAUCUGAUCCAUUUGAGACCAAGGAUGGGGUAAAGCUCCCUAGUUACCAGGGGGACAUAAUUAACAGUGAUGUCUUUGAUGAGAAAGCUCGAGAACCUGAUCCCCAUAGGAUGAUUCAAGCUUAUAAUCAGGCUGCAGGAACUUUGAAUCUUUUGCGGGCAUUUACCACUGGUGGAUAUGCAUCUAUGCAAAGAGUGACACAGUGGAAUCUUGAUUUCUUACAGCAUAGUGAACAAGCGGAUAGAUACAUGGAACUUGCCCAGAGAGUUGAUGAUGCAAUUGGGUUUAUGGUGGCUGCCGGUCUCACGCCUGAUCACCCUAUAAUGACAACAACUGAUUUUUGGACAUCACAUGAAUGCCUUCUCCUUCCUUAUGAGCAGGCACUUACCAGGAAAGAUUCAACUUCAGGCUCGUAUUAUGACUGUUCUGCUCACAUGAUCUGGGUUGGGGAGAGGACUCGGCAACUGGAUGGUGCUCAUGUGGAAUUCCUUCGUGGAGUUGCUAACCCUUUGGGCAUAAAGGUGAGUGACAAAAUGGAUCCAUCAGAGCUUGUAAAACUCUGUGAAAUUCUGAACCCUCACAACAGACCUGGUCGGCUGACUGUUAUCACUAGAAUGGGGGCUGCAAACACACAUGUCAAGCUUCCACACUUAAUAAGAGCAAUUCGGCAAGCUGGCUUGAUCGUGACUUGGGUAAGCGACCCUAUGCACGGCAACACCACGAAGGCUCCAUGCAACCUUAAAACACGUUCCUUUGAUUCGAUCAGAUCUGAACUGAGAGCCUUCUUCGAUGUUCAUGAACAAGAAGGAAGCUACCCAGGAGGAGUGCAUCUAGAGAUGACCGGGCAGAAUGUCACAGAAUGCAUCGGCGGAUCAAAAGUAGUGACCUAUGAUGACUUGAGCUCUCGCUACCACACACACUGCGAUCCUCGGCUCAAUGCUUCGCAGUCUUUAGAACUGGCUUUCGCCAUUGCUGAGAGAUUGAGAAGGAGAAGGUCAAGGUCAUGGAGCAAGAUGGUUUCUUAUGAACAACCAGCACAACAAGCUGUUUUUUAAGCAACCUUUAUAGGUUAUCACUUAUCAAUAUAUCUAUUUAUGCAGUCUUCAUUUUCAGCUUCCAUUUCCUAUAGAAACUGAAAAUGGUAAUGAGUGAACUCAAAACUCAUGAGUAGAGCUUGUGUUAUUGUCUACCCUUUGAAUAAAGAGUGAAUGCAUUCUUCUUUUCCAACUUAAA